AUGGGGAACCCCUUUGACUAUGCGCCCGACCGGCCAGAACAUAUCGAUGCUAUACUAAAUGGACUCGAUCGCUACAACCCAGAGACCACUGCUGUCUUCCAAGAAUACGUCGUCCAGCAGUGCGAUCAGAAAUUCUAUGACUGCUACGCCAAUCUGGCCCUGUUGAAACUCUACCAGUUCAACCCCCAUCUUACCAAAGACGAAACUAUAACCAACAUUCUCGUCAAGGCGUUGACCGUGUUCCCCUCACCAGACUUCGCUCUCUGCCUCCACCUCCUACCCCCACACAUCCUGACCCCAGCCUCUGCAUCAUCAGCACUCCCGGCCGCCGGCGACGCGCCCCUCUCCGAAGCCGUCCAAAAACUCAACGUUCUCAACAAUCUCCUUGCCCAAGCAAACUAUGCUGCAUUCUGGAGCACGCUUGACAGCGAUGAUCUCUACGCUGAUCUGAUUGCUGAUGUUGCUGGUUUUGAAGAACUGAUUCGCAUCCGAGUCGCACUCACCAUCUCACAAGCCGUCCGGGAAAUCGAACGCUCAGUCCUAGAAUCGUGGCUGGGAAUGCAGGGCGAGGCGUUUAAUAAGUUUGUAAAUGAAGUUUGCGGGUGGGCUACUGAUGGCACUGUUGUGAAGGUGCCACUGAACAAGGAGAAUGAGGCAAAGGGAACCGUCGUCAGAGAGAAUGUCAAGAUAGAGCAAUUCUCUAGGGUUAUUAGGAGGGCUUAUGAGCAACCUGCUUGA